AAUAUUUCACUUCUUUGUAUUUGAUUAAUCAAGUAAACAAGCAACAUGAAUAUCAAAUUUGUAUUAAUUGUAGUGACAGCUGUGAUUGCAUGUAAUGUAAUCGCUCAUCCAAUUGCGUCUUGUGACGACGGCUCAUCAGGAUCUGCCGCUGCAUCUGGAGCAGCAUCUUCAGGUGGAUCUGGAUCAGGUGGAUGUGGAGGAUCGGGUGGAGCAUCUGCAUCAUCCGGUGGCUCAAGUUCAUCCGCUGGAGCGGGUGGUGCAUCCGGAUCAUCAGGUGGAUCAAGCUCGUCAGCUGCUGGAGGAUCGGCAUCAGGCUCAUCUGGUGGAUCUAGUUCAUCCGCUGGAGCCGGUGGUGCUUCUGGAUCCUCUGGUGGCUCAAGCUCUACCGCUGCUGGUGGAUCGGCUUCAGGAUCAUCAAACGGAUCUAGCUCAUCAGCUGGUUCAGGGUCUGCAUCAGGCUCAUCUGGUGGAUCUAGUUCAUCCGCUGGAGCGGGUGGUGCUUCUGGAUCGUCAGGUGGCUCAAGCUCUACCGCUGCUGGUGGAUCAGCUUCAGGAUCAUCAAAUGGAUCUAGCUCGUCAGCUGGAUCUGGAUCCGCAUCUGGCUCAUCUGGAGACUCUAGUUCAUCCGCAGGAUCGUGUGGUGCUUCUGGAUCCUCAGGUGGCUCAAGCUCUACCGCUGCAGGUGGAUCGGCUUCAGGAUCAUCAAAUGGAUCUAGCUCAUCAGCUGGUUCAGGCUCUGCAUCAGGCUCAUCUGGUGGAUCUAGUUCAUCCGCUGGAGCGGGUGGUGCUUCUGGAUCAUCGGGUGGCUCAAGCUCUACCGCUGCUGGUGGAUCGGCUUCAGGAUCAUCAAAUGGAUCUAGCUCGUCAGCUGGAUCAGGCUCUGCAUCUGGCUCAUCUGGAGACUCCAGUUCAUCCGCAGGAUCAUGUGGUGCUUCUGGAUCCUCAGGUGGCUCAAGCUCUACCGCUGCUGGUGGAUCGGCUUCAGGAUCAUCAAAUGGAUCUAGCUCAUCAGCUGGUUCAGGCUCUGCUUCAGGCUCAUCUGGUGGAUCGAGUUCAUCCGCUGGAGCGGGAGGUGCUUCUGGAUCCUCAGGUGGCUCAAGCUCUACCGCUGCUGGUGGAUCAGCUUCAGGAUCAUCAAACGGAUCUAGCUCAUCAGCUGGUUCAGGCUCUGCAUCAGGUUCAUCUGGUGGAUCUAGUUCAUCCGCUGGAGCGAGUGGUGCUUCUGGAUCAUCGGGUGGCUCAAGCUCUACCGCUGCUGGUGGAUCGGCUUCAGGAUCAUCAAAUGGAUCUAGCUCGUCAGCUGGAUCUGGCUCUGCAUCUGGCUCAUCUGGAGACUCCAGUUCAUCCGCAGGAUCGUGUGGUGCUUCUGGAUCCUCAGGUGGCUCAAGUUCUACCGCUGCUGGUGGAUCGGCUUCAGGAUCAUCAAAUGGAUCUAGCUCAUCAGCUGGUUCAGGUUCUGCAUCAGGUUCAUCUGGUGGAUCUAGUUCAUCAGCUGGAGCGGGUGGUGCUUCUGGAUCCUCAGGUGGCUCAAGCUCUACCGCUGCUGGUGGAUCAGCUUCAGGAUCAUCGAAUGGAUCUAGCUCGUCAGCUGGAUCUGGCUCUGCAUCUGGCUCAUCUGAAGACUCCAGUUCAUCCGCAGGAUCGUGUGGUGCUUCUGGAUCCUCAGGUGGCUCAAGUUCUACCGCUGCUGGUGGAUCGGCUUCAGGAUCAUCAAAUGGAUCUAGCUCGUCAGCUGGAUCAGGUUCUGCUUCAGGUUCUUCUGGUGACUCAAGUUCUUCAGCUGGAUCUGGUUCAGCUUCAGGUUCAUCAGGUGGAUCAAGUUCAGCAGCUGGUUCAGGCGCCGCUUCUGGUGCUUCUAAUGGAUCUGUCUCAGCAGCUGGAUCAGGCUCUGCAUCUGGCUCUUCAGGUGGAUCAACUUCAUCUGUUAGCUCAAACUCUGCAUCCAGUUCGUCGGGUGGAUCAAGUUCUUCUGUAGGUGGUUCAUCUGGUGGUUCUUGUGAUGAUUCUGGAUCAUCUGGCUCAGGUUCUGCUUCUGGAUCAGGAUCGGCAUCUGGUAGUGGUUCUGCAGCUGGAUCAGGUGCUGCUUCUGGAGGUGGAUCAGCGGCUGGAUCUGGUGCUGCUUCUGCAGGUGGUUCCGCAGCUGGAUCUGGUGCUGCUUCUGGAAGCGGAUCAGCUGCUGCAUCGGGUGCAGCCUCAGGAUCCGGUGGAUGUUAAUUAUAAAUUCAAUACUCUUUUUAAUAUAUUAAAACAAUAUUAGCAAAUCAAAA